CAGCAAAAAAGAAAAAAAAAAUGACUUCUGUGAAUCUGGGUCCAUGGGUUCAGAUAACUUCAAUCAUCAACAAAGAAACAAGAUCCAGAUCCAGACCCAUGUCCAACUUCUUGUCCCCGGGCCAUAAAACCCUUCAAAUCCCUUCAAAACAUCAAAGACAGAGAAAACCCAUGUCUUCAAUUUGCGCAGUUCUUGCAGGAGAGACUCUUCAAGAAGAUCAACACAAACCUACUUUUGAUUUCAAGUCUUAUAUGUUACAGAAAGCCAAUUCUGUUAACAAAGCAUUAGAUGCUGCUGUUACUCUUAAAGAACCGGCUAAAAUCCAUGAGUCUAUGCGUUACUCUCUUUUGGCUGGUGGCAAGAGGGUUCGGCCAGUGCUUUGUCUAGCUGCAUGUGAGCUUGUUGGUGGGUCUGAAUCCAUGGCUAUGCCUGCUGCUUGUGCUGUAGAAAUGAUCCAUACUAUGUCAUUGAUACAUGAUGAUCUUCCUUGUAUGGAUAAUGAUGAUCUUCGCCGCGGAAAAUCCACCAAUCAUAUUGUUUUUGGUGAGGAUGUUGCGGUUUUGGCAGGGGACGCUUUACUGGCAUUUGCAUUUGAACAUAUUGCAGUGUCUACACUCAAUGUUUCGCCUCUUAGAAUUGUUCGUGCAGUUGGUGAAUUGGCAAAAGUGAUUGGUGCUGAAGGACUUGUUGCUGGACAAGUUGUGGAUAUUUGUUCUGAAGGGUUGUCCGGAGUGGGGUUAGAACAGCUUGAAUUUAUUCAUAUUCAUAAGACUGCUAAGUUGUUGGAAGGUGCGGUUGUUUUGGGGGCUAUAUUAGGUGGAGGGACCGAUGAGGAAGUUGAGAAAUUGAGGCGAUACGCGAGGAGUAUUGGAUUGUUGUUUCAAGUAGUGGAUGAUAUUCUUGAUGUUACCAAAUCUUCACAAGAAUUGGGGAAAACUGCAGGGAAAGAUUUGGUUGCGGAUAAAGUUACUUAUCCCAAGUUAAUAGGGAUUGAGAAGUCUAGGGAGUUUGCUGAGAAGUUGCUUAACGAAGCUAGGGAGUUGCUUGCUGGAUUUGAUCAAGAGAAGGCGGCUCCGUUGAUUGCUUUGGCUAAUUACAUUGCUUACAGGCAAAACUAAUUUAUGCUGUAUUUCAAUUGUUUCUCGGUUGCCCUGUUUUCGUAUAAAGCAAGAUCUCUCUCUACAAUUUUCAAAGAUAGCUUAUUGCAUCAAUGUUGUCACAGAGAGGUUGUAACAACAUUGCGAUUCAGAUUAAUAGCAGUAGGGACAGCUUAGUUCUCUCCGUGCUUUAAGUUUCACUGCUCAUAAAAUAAGCAUGUUGUCUCAUUUGUGUACUAGUAAUACUGGAAUUUCCCCUUGAAAUCGGGGUUAUUGCUUUGUCA